GCUAGUUGUUUUGGUUUGGACGUUUCCCACCUUCCCCUACCUACUUGGGCAAGAAAAAGUUGGCUGUGUUUGUUGUGCAGAGAAUCUAGUGGACCCGUUGUGGUGUUGUCAAAUGACAUAAAAGAUGUAUUUUUGUUUUGUUUUUAAGAGUACCCUAUUGUUUAUUGCAAUUUAAAAACAAACCACAUAAACUGAUCAUUUUACAGACUCCAGACAUAGGAUCAGCUCCUGUUCCUCUAUUUUCUCAAGACUUGCAGAAGGAAAAGAUAAAAACGAAUUAUCAUCGACUAUUUUGGAAAAAAUACACGACCAAUUCAGACAUAGGAGAGGGUUUUUUUUUUUCACCUGUUCUGUUUUGUUGGUAAAUAAUACUAGGAUACGAGGGAGUUAUCACGUGCGUAACUUACACAUAUCUCUGACUCUCACUCUGACUCUCACUCUCACCUACCACUUCAAUGUUUCAAGCAGAUAGGAAGGAGACAAUGGGACGCCAAUUUAGGGGACAGACAGAUAGGUGAUCCUUAACGAGUCAUUUAACUAGUUUAGAAGUUACUAUAGGAGGGGAGCGAGUUUUGUUCCCUCUUUUUUUGCGACUCUGGUCAUUAGUAAUAUUAAAUAUCAUAUAGGAGGGCCACACGUGGGUAACAGUCGUUCAAGUCGCUCACCUACUCAGUUUGCUAGUUAAAGUUAAUAAACAGAACAGAAGUUGUUCCUAAGAGUAAGCUACAUGCAAAGGGGAGAGAGAGAGAGAUGGUGAAGAAGAGCAUAAGCGAGGUGGGAGUAGAGGACUUGGUUGAGGCAGGCCUAGCCAUUGACGAGGCCAAGCAUUUGGAAGCAGUCCUUAAACAACAUGCAAUCUCAUCGGACGACCCAAGAGAGGUGUGGCGGCAGCUGGUGUCUGAGAGAGUGCUAAAACCAUCACACCCCCAUGAGCUGCACCAGUUGAUCUAUUACUCUGUCUAUGCCAAUUGGGAUGUCUCCACCCAAGGCCUUCCUCUCUACUGGUUCCCUUCUCUAUACCAGUCUAGACAUACAAACUUGGGACGGUUGAUGGAAGCGCAUGGUUCAGAACUUUUAGGAACAUCAUAUAAGGAUCCCAUAACAAGUUUUAGCCUUUUUCAGAAAUUCUCAGUUCAGAAUCCUGAGGCUUACUGGUCAAUUCUUCUGAAAGAGCUCUCAGUUUCAUUUCGAGAUGCCCCAAAGUGUAUUCUAGAUAGGACUGACAAAUCCAAACCCAGCGGAGCUUGGUUUCCAUAUUCAACAUUGAAUAUUGCCGAAUGUUGUUUGCUACCCACCAGACAUCCAAGAAAAGAGGAUGAUAGGUUGGCUGUUAUAUGGAGGGAUGAAGGGUGUGAUGAUUCUGCUGUUAAUCAUAUGACGUUAAAGGAACUUCGGGAACAAGUAAUGCUGGUGGCUAAUGCACUGGAUACAACCUUUUCAAAGGGUGAUGCGAUUGCUAUUGACAUGCCAAUGACAGUCAAUGCAGUUAUCAUAUAUUUGGCAAUUGUACUAGCAGGAUUUUUUGUUGUAUCAAUAGCGGAUAGUUUUGCUGUGAAGGAAAUUGCAACUCGCCUGCGUGUGUCUAAAGCAAAGGGCGUCUUUACCCAGGAUUUCAUACUAAGAGGAGGUCGAAAGUUUCCUCUCUACAGUCGGGUUGCAGAGGCUGCCUCGUGUAAAGCUAUUGUGCUUCCAGCAAUUGGGAGCAAUGUAGGCAUUCAAUUAAGAGAACAGGAUCUACCCUGGAGUGAUUUUCUUUCUAGUGUCAGUCACAAUCCAAGAAAGAAUUAUUACUCUACAGUCUAUCAGCCAAUAGACUCCACAACUAAUAUCCUCUUUUCAUCUGGAACCACAGGAGACCCAAAAGCUAUUCCAUGGACACAUCUUUCACCAAUUAGAUGUGCUGCUGAUUCAUGGGCUCACAUUGAUAUUCAAGUUGGAGAUGUCUUCUGCUGGCCCACAAAUUUAGGAUGGGUUAUGGGUCCAAUUUUACUCUACUCAUGCUUUCUAACUGGUGCAACUCUUGCUCUGUAUCAUGGAUCUCCUCUAGGUCGUGGCUUUGGAAAAUUUGUGCAGGAUGCAGGAGUCACUAUUUUGGGUACAGUUCCUAGCUUAGUAAAAGCUUGGAAGAAUACCCAGUGUAUGAAAGGCCUAGAUUGGACAAAGAUAAAAUCAUUCGCUUCUACUGGUGAAGCUUCAAACGUUGAUGAUGAUCUUUGGCUCACUUCCCGUGCUUAUUACAAACCCAUCACUGAAUGUUGUGGGGGCACAGAGCUUUCAUCGUCCUACAUUAUGGGAAGUCCACUGCAGCCACAAGCUUUUGGAGCAUUUAGCACAAGGUCGAUGACCACAGGUUUUGUCAUCCUUGAUGAACAUGGAAUUCCUUAUCCAGAGGAUCAAGCUUGUGUUGGGGAAGUAGGUUUGUUCCCACUAUACAUGGGAGCAACUGAUAGACUGCUAAAUGCUGAUCAUGAAGAAGUUUAUUUCAAGGGAAUGCCAAUGUACAAUGGAAUGCACCUUAGAAGACAUGGAGACAUACUCAAAAGAACUGUUGGAGGCCAUUUCAUUGUUCAAGGCAGGUCUGAUGAUACCAUGAACCUCGGAGGAAUCAAGACAAGUUCUAUUGAAAUUGAGCGUGUCUGUGACCGGGCUGAUGAAAGCGUCUUGGAGACGGCUGCAGUCAGUGUUGCACCUGUGAAUGGGGGUCCUGAACAGUUGGUUAUAUAUGUGGUAUUAAAGAAAGAAUUUGACUCCAAAGCAGACCAGCUAAAGGCGAAAUUCUCAAAAGCAAUUCAAAGCAACCUCAACCCUUUGUUUAAGGUGAACCAUGUCAAGAUUGUUGCAGAGUUUCCUCGAACAGCCUCCAACAAGUUAUUAAGAAGAGUUUUGAGAGACCAAAUGAAGCAGGAGCUCUCUGUUCGGAGCAGAAUGUAGUGGAAGCAUAUUCAUUGCAUUUUGGUUAAGGCCCGAAUAAAUAAAUGUGUAUAUAUAUGUUAGAUAUAUGUAUGUAUCACAUUCAUAUUCACUGAUGAUACCAUCAACAAUGAUGAUAUGUUAUGUUAUGUAUGGUGUACCAUAAAUUAAUUAAUCUUCAUAUGUUAGCAAACUCAAUCGUACUCUUCC